AUGGAUAUGGCCAAGUUCGCGCAAAGCACAGUGCACGCCGAUACGGGAUAUCCCGCUGUGGUCGUCCAAAUGAUUUGGGACAAAUACAGUGGACCUGACGCGUCGUUUCGAGGGCAGCUCCCGCCUGCGCCAACACAGUCUGACGAGCUCUGUCGCGCCGGACACCUCUACGUGCUGCUGAUUUACAUCCACAAGCACCACAGCCCGCAGGACGCGCAUUACUACCGCCUUCCGGCCUACCCGGAAAUCAAGAUUUCGAAAGACACCAUCUACCGCAAGGUGCUGCCGCUCGGCCGUGCGCUGGUUGGCAUCAUCGAUGAGGUCGACUUCAACCGCCGCCUCGAUCCGUUCAACCAUCCGGCGGUGUCGGCUUUCAAGUACCAUUACACCACCCUCUGGGACACCUUCCCCAUCUACGUCCCGGAGCCCUCCGACUUCGCCCUCGCCGCCCUCCUCUACCAGCCAAAAUACGGGGCGUGCUGCUACAAGAUUCAGAUGGGCAUCUCCUUCACCGGCGAGAUUGUCGCCUUCUCCGGCCUUUACUUUGGGACCGUGCACGACAUCGCGAUCUGGCGCGCGACCUCGCCUUCCCUGGCCCUCUUCCCGUGGGAGCUCGGGAUGGCCGACCUCGCCUACGUCGGUGCGGCGGGGCUGGUCACCAAGAUCAAGGGAGCCGUGGCGCCGGCCGACAUCCUGUUCAACAACAUCCACGAGCACAUCCGCAAUCGCAUCGAGAACGUCAUCUCGAAAGUGAAGGCACACCGCAUCUUUCAGCCAGGCGUCUUCCGUGGCACCUAUGAGAACAUCGAGAUGGCGACCAUGAUCACGGGCCACCUCACCGCCCUCGAGCAGCGCCUCUACCCCCGCUUCCCGGGCUACGGCCCGUGGCAGCACGCUUACUAGGCGCGGGCCGGCUCGGACCGCGCUCAAGACCUUCCCCUACCCUGCCCCGCCCCUCCUGACCACGCCCUGCACGCCUGCGCCGCACCGCGCCAUGCUGCGCCGCGGCCAAUCGCGCUCCCACGGGCGUCCAGCACUCUCGCAGCAGCAGACCGUUCGGUGUCUUGUCCGACGGUGUGUUCGACCCGAGUGUGCGUGUGGUAUAGUAAAACAUGUGCAUUACUACCG